AUGCUUGUGUCAAACAAAAAGAAAAAUGGUGGACAGAAUAAGAAGCCGCAACAGACCAAGAAGACGACCAACCCUCGUCACUCCAGUAACAAUAAAUUCGGUGUUCUGGCCGAGGAAGCUGAGGAGGGGGAAUUGAAUCAACAAUCGAAGAAAGGUAACGCUAAACCUCCUAAUCCUAAGGUUUUUGUGAAUAAUUCGCAGCAGAAGGUGGUGCAGACAUCUAGAGGCUAUGCACGUAACAGAAACGUGCCCAACACCUAUGCCAACACGUCAGCUCCACAACCUGCGGUCCUCCCAUCUCCUCGGCAGAAUAUUAACUCCCGGGGUAGCACUCAGCCACAGGGGCGAGGUUUUGCAGGGGGUUUACUUCUCCUUUGGAAUCAAUCCAAUAUCAACCUCGAAAUUGUUGGGCAUACGUCUCAAUCUAUUCACUCUAAGGUGAAGCAAGGGAGUGACGAUUUAUUUAUCACUUUUUCCUAUGUUAGGCCAAACCUGUUGGCGAAAACUGGAUUCUGGGAGAAUUGCAGUCUUUUCGGCAAUAAUAUUCAGGGUCCUUGGGUCAUCUUAGGGGACUUUAAUGAUAUUGCCUCUACGGACGGACAAUGGGGUAGUGAUACCAUCAGUAAUUCUAGCCCCCAGCGUUUUGUGGAUGCAUUUAGCCUUUGCGGUCUCCUGGAUAUGGGGUUUUCAGGCCCGAAGUUUACCUGGUGUCGAUCGGUUGGUAACAAAAUUACCCAGCUGCGCAGGCUUGACAGGAUUUUUUGGAUUGUUAGAGUUCAAAUGGCUUUCCCCGAAUGCAAGGCUGCCACUCUUCCUAGGGUAUAUUCAGAUCACAACCCGGUUCUCUUCAUAGACGAAGCAGGGUCUCCCCCCGACAUUAAUACUCGUCCAAGGUGCUUUGAAGCAAUGUGGUUGACAAGAGAUGAUUAUAGUAGUAUCUGGAGAGAAGCCGCUCAAUCGACAAAUAACAACAUUGUGGACAUCAUUGUAGACUUGUCCGAGAAAAGCUUCCCGUGGAAUAGAAACGUUUUUAAAUACCCAUCAAAGAACAACCCUCCGCUUAAUAGGAGUUGGACAGAUGACCCGACAGUUAUUUCUCUCCACAUUAAUGACUUUUUUACCUCUCUUUUUCGCAGGACUGAGCGGGAAGAAUAUUCAGACAUGUCUAAUAUUAAUGAUUGCCAUAAAAUACCUACAGCUCAAGCUAACCGUCUGAGUCGUAGAGCUGCCCCAGCAGAAGUUUAA